CAUUUCCUCUGCUCUCUUUUCUUGACUUCUGCAUCUCACUCACAACCCGAGUUCCCAGUCGAGAUCGACCAGAUCUUGCUUGUACCACUACUCUUCUCCCAGCAUCUUUAAUAAUCUCUUCCCAAUAUGCAGCGAGCAUUGACAUCAAGAGCUAGGGCCUCGGUCCUCUCAAGCUCCAGACUUCGUGGCUACAAUGCUCAACAAUUACGAUUCGCACACAAGGAACUCAAAUUCGGUGUUGAAGGUCGAGCAGCUCUCCUGGCUGGUGUUGAGACAUUAGCAAAGGCAGUAGCUACAACUCUGGGACCCAAGGGACGCAAUGUCAUUAUCGAGUCUAGUUACGGAUCCCCCAAGAUCACCAAAGAUGGUGUAACUGUCGCAAGAGCCAUUUCCCUCAAGGACAAAUUCGAAAACCUCGGUGCCCGACUCAUCCAAGAUGUUGCCUCAAAGACCAACGAGACUGCUGGUGACGGAACUACCUCCGCCACCGUCCUCGCCCGCGCCAUCUUCUCUGAGACUGUCAAGAACGUCGCUGCGGGAUGCAACCCCAUGGAUUUACGAAGAGGCACCCAAGCUGCCGUUGAUGCCGUUGUCGAAUUCCUACGAAACAACAAGCGGGAUAUUACCACCAGCGAAGAGAUUGCGCAGGUGGCAACCAUCUCUGCCAACGGCGACACCCACAUUGGCAAGCUGAUUUCAAGUGCCAUGGAGAAGGUUGGAAAGGAGGGUGUGAUCACCGUCAAGGAGGGAAAGACCAUGGAGGACGAGCUUGACGUGACCGAGGGCAUGCGAUUCGACCGUGGAUUUGUCUCUCCAUACUUUAUCACCGAUACUAAGUCACAAAAGAUCGAGUUCGAGAAGCCAUUGAUUCUUCUCUCUGAGAAGAAGAUCUCUGCCGUUCAAGAUAUCAUCCCCGCUCUCGAGGCCUCCACCCAACUCCGUCGCCCUCUGGUCAUCAUCGCUGAGGAUAUCGAUGGAGAGGCUCUGGCCGUCUGCAUCCUGAACAAGCUCCGCGGCUCGCUCCAAGUUGCUGCUGUCAAGGCCCCUGGCUUCGGUGACAACCGCAAGUCCAUUCUCGGAGAUAUCGGCAUUCUCACCAACGCAACCGUCUUCACUGAUGAGCUUGACAUCAAGCUCGAGAAGGCCACCCCAGAUAUGUUCGGAUCCACCGGCUCAAUCACCAUCACAAAGGAGGACACUAUCAUCUUGAACGGUGAUGGAAGCAAGGAUGCCAUUGCGCAGCGAUGUGAGCAGAUCAGGGGUGUCAUGAACGACCCAACUACCUCUGAUUACGAGAAGGAGAAGCUCCAAGAGCGUCUUGCUAAGCUUUCCGGAGGUGUUGCCGUCAUCAAGGUCGGUGGAUCAUCCGAGGUUGAAGUCGGCGAGAAGAAGGACCGAUUCGUCGAUGCUCUUAACGCUACCCGCGCUGCUGUUGAGGAAGGUAUCCUGCCAGGUGGUGGAACUGCUCUCCUCAAGGCUGCGAGCCAAGCUCUUAACGGACUCAAGCCUGCCAACUUCGACCAACAACUCGGUGUCAGCAUCAUCAAGAGCGCCAUCACCAAGCCUGCACGAAUGAUUGUCGAGAACGCAGGUACUGAGGGCUCCGUUGUCGUCGGCAAGCUUAUGGAUGAGUUCGGAUCAGAUUUCAACAAAGGAUACGACAGCUCGAAGGGAGAGUACGUCGACAUGAUUGCCGCCGGUAUCGUUGAUCCUUUCAAGGUUGUCCGAACAGGAUUGGUUGAUGCCAGCGGUGUUGCCUCAUUACUAGGCACCACCGAGGUAUCGAUCGUUGAGGCACCAGAGGAGAAGGUGCCAGGCCCACCAGGUGGAAUGGGAGGAAUGGGCGGCAUGGGCGGAAUGAUGUAGGUGAUUGGAAGAUAAUGUAAAAUACCCAUCAAGGCAGUCUUCUCUUGACAGUUGCCUGCGCAGCAUCUUGCCAUGAUAUGGCUGCCAUAUCAAACUUUGUACAACACCCCUCCACUCUUUCUUCGUUCAUUGUCUUAUAUCUGGCAUUGGGGGAAGCGAUUUGGUGUUUUUAAAGGCGGUGGGCAUGUAACAAUAUUGCAGUAAAAAGCAGUCAAAAGUGUCAAAAGUCUAUAUAGCGUGGCCUCGCCACCUAAUGCUAACCUUUGAACUCAAAAACAUUCAUGUUU